GCACUAUGGGAAAGGGACGGAAAGUCCAGUGAGCCAUACUUCAUUUGCUAAGCAAGUUCCAGAUAUGGUGGUGGCGUGAAGCAGAGAAACGAGCCUGGGAAGGGACGCCAGGUGCCGGUGAGGCCGGAUGGAAACCCCUCAAGCCAAAACCAUGGCAGCGCGGAAAGCUCGGAAGCACCGGCCACUGGAGGCGGAAGCUGGGCUGGCGGAGGAGGAAGGUUAUGGCGCGCGGGGCACUGUGGGACACUGUGUGGGCAACGCGGGCCGCGACGGAAGCCUCAUUGGGUCAGACCGUGGCGACGCGGGAAGUCCGGACGCCGUAGCUGCCUGAAGAGGAGGUACGAGGCCUGGGCCCCGGCCGCGGCAAUGGCGGAGAGGCCCGAGGACCUGAACUUGCCCAAUGCCGUCAUCACCAGGAUCAUCAAGGAGGCGCUCCCGGACGGUGUCAGCAUCUCCAAGGAGGCCCGGAGCGCCAUCUCCCGCGCCGCCAGCGUCUUCGUGCUGUACGCCACAUCCUGUGCCAACAACUUCGCGAUGAAAGGGAAACGCAAGACACUGAAUGCCAGCGAUGUGCUCUCCGCCAUGGAGGAGAUGGAGUUUCAGCGGUUCGUGACCCCGUUAAAAGAAGCUCUGGAAGCUUACAGGAGGGAGCAGAAAGGCAAGAAGGAAGCUUCAGAGCAAAAGAAGAAGGACAAAGACAAAAAAACAGAUUCAGAAGAGCAAGACAAGAGCAGGGAUGAGGACAACGAUGAAGAUGAGGAAAGGCUGGAGGAAGAAGAACAGAAUGAAGAGGAGGAAGUGGACAACUGAAGAGGAUGGGGAGACGCAGCUCGGAAGAGCACAGGCUCCGGACGCGCAGGCUCAGCGACCAUGGCUCACGGGCCCAGCCGCUCCGUGGCAUGUGGGAUCUUCCCGGACCGGGGCACGAACCGGUGUCCCCUGCAUUGGCAGGCGGACUCUCAACCACUGCGCCACCAGGGAAGCCCUAAUCUCAUGUCUCUUAAAAAUGAUUUUGUAAACCUCUCUGAACCAUAAGGGAAAUCUGAUGGUGCUCAGGAAUCUAAUUCCUCCCGUAACCCAUCCCCUUUAACCGCUUCUGAAGUAUCUCUAUUGACCUUUCCUAGUUUUCUUCUCUUUCCAUUUGGUGCUUCGAGCACUUUUUUGUUCGUCUCUAAGUUGAGUGCUUGGAGGUUGAAAGGUAGUGAAAUGUAGUGUGACACUGUUAAUUUGUUAAAUGAAUACAGUGGAAAGUUUGUUGAUAAAUGAAUGAAGAAUAUUGAGAAAAUUAUAAUGCUUUGUAUAAAUAAAAAUUCCUGUUAAAAGUGA